AUGAAGUCGGAGAGCUUUCAUGCAACUGAGCUUGCAGAGCGCUGCAAAUCAGCGCUACAAAUUUUGCAGGAUCUUCACAACAACGGCGAGGCACUCUCCAAGAAAAAUCUCGAAGAAGCCGUUGGGCUGGUCGUCUUCACCUUGAAAGGCGCCUCUAUGGGUGCUGAAGUCGGACUUGGCUCCGGGCUUGUGAUGGCCCGUCAUGCGAAGGGAGAUUGGUCAUUGCCCUCUGCUGUCUCCCUGACGUACGUUGGCGGAGGGGUAUCAUUUGGGAUUAAUGUGUACAGCUCGGUCCAGGUUCUGAAGAAAGAAGAAUUCGAAAAAAACUUUAUCGAGCAAAGACGAGAAUAUGGGAUGCAACUUGCGGCUUCUGCUGGUCCUCUCAGUACAUAUGUUGACGUUAAAGGUCAGAGCCUUGUCCAAACUCUCACAGAAUCGACGGGCAUGUACGUUGGUCUGACUUUUGGGGGCACCCACUUCAAAGAGAACAAGGAUCUUAAUGCCAAGUUUUAUGGAAAAGAGGUGACUGCACAAGAAAUCCUCACUGGGAAUAUCCAAGUUCCUGAGGCGCGCAAGAACGAGGUGAGAAGUCUUUUGGACUUUUUGACCUUAUUGGAGAAGUAG